UCUCAAGAAGAGACCCGUUCCAAUAGCAUCACAUACCAAAACAUCCGACAUAUUUACAGAGACAACCUCUCAAGUACAUUGACACCAAAUAAGAACCGACAUUUAAAUAAUCCAUGGAGAUGACAUGCGCCAUAAACAUGUGUACUUACCGACACGACACAAAUCUACCUACUAUAGACCUGGGCCAAAAAAACCUAGGCCCACCUACUAUGACCCAAUCCUAGGCCAUGUCCACAAACUAGAAGGGACAAACAGUUCGCAGGCCGAGAAAUCGCCUGCCGUCCGGCCACAGCCCUGCCGCCCAAAAGCCAACACCGGUCAUCGUCUAAAGAUCGCAACCUAGAACCAAGCCGAUGAGACCACCCACCUACAUGAAAUCAACCCUCGGCAGAAGCACCAAGAACCAACCCGGAUUAGAAUCCAAGGAUGCAAAUUGACACCAGCGCCUCCCCAUCUCAGAUCACCGCACCCACCCAUCUUAGACCACCAAAGAGAACCAACCAAAACCUUCAAAGAACAACACCCAACAUUGCCGCCGGCCGACAACACCGCAACCGGACCCAAGCCACUUCUCAACCCACACCCGGAGCCGUCAUCCCCUCUCGCUCCCCAUCACCAACCAUCCAAACAAAGCCACCACCUGGCCCGCCCCAAGCUCCCUUCUGACGGCGUCAAUGGACGCGCUGUCGGAGAGAAACAAAACUUUUUCCCGAAAACCAUAGAGAGAUCCUAUUUUGGCGGAGCUCUAAAGAUAUGUGUAACCAAAAUUCACUUUAUUACUUAUGGUUGUCUUGCAUUAACAUUUGCUCAUCCAUGAGCUGCGACAGAGACGAUAAUCACCUCGUGGACGACUGCCAACCGUUGAUGUACGAAAUAAAUAGGAUCCACUAGAAGUGCCGGCCCAAGCAUUUUUGCUUCCCCCACACCUAGACCGAUUUUGCUCACUGUAACCAUCUAUACAAGUAUAUUACUCCUCAGUCCUCACACCAACACACACACAUUUUUAGACCUAUAGCGAAUUCCGGCCAGGAUAAUGGAAACCACCGAUGAGGAGCAACGUAAAGCCGCCGCCCUGAAAAGGUUGCUGCUCAUUCUGAGCUGCGUGCUCUUAUCCAUAGGCAACUGCGGCGGCCCUUUAAUAAUGCGCCUGUACUUCAUCCACGGUGGCAAGCGUGUCUGGCUUUCGUGCAUGCUGGAAACCGGUGGCUGGCCCAUAAUCCUCGUUCCUAUAGCCAUCGCCUACUACCACCGCCGCAAAAACCAAGCUCCAGCCGAACCACCGACCAAGCUCUUCCUCAUGAAGCUCCCUCUCUUCGUUGCCUCCGCCGUCAUCGGCGUCAUAACCGGCCUUGACGACUACCUCUACGCCUAUGGUGUUGCACGCCUCCCUAUCUCCACCUCAGCCCUAAUUAUUGCGGCACAGCUGGCUUUCACGGCCUUGUUUGCCUUCAUACUCGUGAAGCAGAAGUUCACGUCGUAUUCGAUAAACGCGGUCGUACUUCUGACGGUUGGGGCGGCGAUUCUUAGCCUGAACACGAGCUCCGACCGGCCCAAGGGAGAGUCGAACAUGCAGUACAUGGUGGGGUUCAUGAUGACGGUUGCCGCGGCUGCGUUGUAUGGGUUUGUGUUGCCGUUGGUGGAGUUGAUGUACAAGAAGGCCAAGCAGAACAUCACGUAUGCUUUGGUUUUGGAGAUUCAGAUGGUUAUGAGCUUGUUCGCCACCAUUUUCUGCGUGAUUGGGAUGCUGGUCAACAAUGACUUCAAGGUAAUUCCGAGAGAAGCGAGAAAAUUCGAGCUCGGGGAGACUACGUACUACGUGGUGCUUGUAGUGAGUGCAAUAGUCUGGCAGGCUUUCUUCCUGGGAGCCAUAGGAGUCAUCUUCUGUGCCUCAUCUCUACUCUCCGGCAUCGUAAUCGCUGUUCUGCUACCGGUAACAGAGAUCUUUGCAGUGAUCUUUUACAAAGAAAAGUUCCAAGCAGAAAAGGGGGUUUCUCUUGUACUUUCCCUAUGGGGUUUUGUCUCAUACUUCUACGGCGAGAUAAAACACAAGAAGGAAAGCGAGCAGGUUAAGGAAAAGGAAAACAACAAAGACAGUGGUACAACAGACACAGAAAACCCUCAGUUAGUUCCAAACCCUUGAAAGCACAAGCUGUAUCUGUAUGUUUUCUUGUGAUUUUUUGUGAACAAGGCUUUGCAAAGUAGGCAUUUUCAAGGGGAAAGGCUGGCAUUAUGUGCAUACUUCAUAUUUC